AUGCCUUCACUGUGGACCGACUUCCAGCUCGAGGGCCCUGCUAGCAAGCUGGACCUCCAUCCGCAGCUCCGUGAGCCUCCGCCCGGCAGCCCGCGCGCCAGCCUGGCGGGCUCCGACGGCGGCGGCGGCGGCAGCGCCCGCUCCAGCGGCAUCAGCCUGGGCUACGACCAGCGCCACGGCAGCCCGCGCCCCGGCCGCUCGGACCCGCGCCCCGGCCCCGGGCCGCCGUCGGCGGGCAGCGCCCGCUCCAGCGUGUCCAGCCUCGGCUCCCGCGGCUCGGCCGGCGCCUACGCCGACCUGCUUGCGGCCGGCGCCUGCCCCGCGCCCGCCCGCUCCCCGGAGCCCGCCGGGCCGGCGCCCUUCGCGCUGCCCUCGCUGCAGCUCGCCGCGGGCCGGGACGGCGGUCCGAGCGCGGCCGAGCGGCGGCUGGAGGCGCUCACCCGAGAGCUGGAGCGGGCGCUGGAGGCGCGCACCGCGCGGGACUACUUCGGCAUCUGCAUCAAGUGCGGGCUGGGCAUCUACGGAGCGAGGCAGGCGUGCCAGGCCAUGGGGAGCCUGUACCACACUGACUGCUUCACCUGCGACUCCUGCGGGAGACGGCUCCGCGGGAAGGCGUUCUACAACGUGGGUGAGAAGGUGUACUGCCAAGAGGACUUCCUGUACUCCGGGUUCCAGCAGACGGCUGACAAGUGUAGCGUGUGUGGACACCUCAUCAUGGAGAUGAUCCUGCAGGCCCUCGGCAAGUCCUACCACCCGGGCUGCUUCCGGUGCUCCGUGUGCAACGAGUGCCUGGACGGGGUGCCCUUCACCGUGGACGUGGAGAACAACAUCUACUGUGUCAGAGACUAUCACACGGUUUUUGCACCAAAAUGUGCCUCCUGUGCCCGUCCUAUCCUCCCUGCACAGGGCUGCGAGACGACCAUCCGAGUGGUGUCCAUGGACAGAGACUACCACGUGGAGUGUUACCACUGUGAGGUGAGCCUGGGCUCCCGGGCCGUCCCCUUCCCCCACGGGUCUCCGUCUCUGCAGGUGUUCUGUGGGCAGCUCCAGAGCCAGGACAUUGGUGCGUUCCUGGGCGGGGUCCCCAUUUCUGACACCCAGCGUGAUGAGGAGUGGAAGAGAGUUCUUGACGCAGAGACCAAGACGUGCAGCGGCGUGGAGGUUUCCAUGGCUUCAGAAGCACUUAUGAGCCAUGCACAGGGCAGCGUGACCUUUGAGGAUGUGGCUGUGGACUUCUCAUGGGAGGAGUGGAAGCUUCUUGAUGAGACGCAGAGACUCCUGUACCGCGAUGUCAUGCUGGAGAACUUUGCACUUGUGGCCUCCCUGGCUUUUCUUGUGAAGGUGCUACGGGUGCUCGGGCUGGGCUGA